AUGCAUCUUGCCACGUCAGUUCGCCUGUCGAUGUUGUCGUUGCUCCUAUGGUGGUUCCUCCUGCUAGUGCCUCUGGGCAGUGGGCAGGAUUUACCUGUCUUCUCGGAUAUUCCGCCACCAGCGUAUAUGGUUGACCAGGAAGGCAAUACUUUUGGAACGGCGCCAGACCAUGGGACUAGAAAUGGACCGGUUUUGUCAGAAUCGAAUGUAACCUCGGGCUCAAUUCACACUUUCACCCUGCUGGCCGAAACAGCACAAGCCCAGACCAGCUACUGGCUGGCGAGCAUGGAACAUGGCCAAAUGCCGCAUGCCCCGGCGGGAUAUAAAGUCUGGCGAAAUGUGAUGGACUACGGAGCCAAGGGUGAUGGCGUCACGGAUGACACCGCUGCGAUCAAUGCUGCCGUCACCGAUGGAAACCGCUGCGGCGAGUCGUGCGGGUCUACAACCACCUUGGGAGCCAUCGUGUACUUUCCUCCUGGCACCUACGCCGUCAGCUCUCCCAUUCUGCAAUAUUACUAUACCCAGUUCAUCGGAGACCCGACAGAUCGUCCCAUCAUUGCCGGAUUGGCGUCUUUCUCGGGAAUUGCCUUGAUUGACACCGAUGUCUAUAUUCCUGGUGGCAACGGUAGCGAGUGGUACGUGAAUCAGAACCAGUUCUACAGACAGAUUCGCAACUUUAUCUUCGACCUCACCGCGAUGCCUUCCUCCAACCAGGAGGGAGACCAAACUUACGUGCCAACGGGCAUCCACUGGCAAGUCGCCCAGUCCACCUCUCUCCAAAACCUUCACUUCAACAUGCCCCUAUCAACUGCCGCAGGAGCCACAACGGCAGUUGGCAUCUUCACUGAGAAUGGCUCCGGUGGCUUCAUGAGCGACCUCACCUUCUACGGAGGUAACCUGGGAAUGCGGGUUGGCAGUCAGCAAUUCACCGCCACAAAUCUACAAUUUACCUCCUGUCUGACCGCAGUGUCGAUGAUCUGGGAUUGGGGCUGGACAUGGAAGAAUGUCAAUGUUCUAUCCUGCUACGUCGCUUUUGACUGCACGCAGAUGGGCGGCAUUGAUGGCCAAGGGGUGGGUUCGCUGACCGUUAUUGAUUCGACCUUUAACGGGGUGCCUUAUGCGAUCACCGUGAAUAAUGACAAUCGUCCGGCCAUUACUCUCGACAACCUGCUCAUCGAGAAUUCUGCGUCAGUCGUCCUCAUCUCCGGCGGAGCGACGCUACUUGCGGGGCCGACGAGUGGCUCUGAAACCAUCUCCUCCUGGGCUAUGGGUAGGCGCUACACGAGCCUUUAUGAUGUAGGGUCCAACGAGCUGAGCAACUUACAGCCGGUGCCUUCCAAACCCUCGACCCUGCUUUCGGAUGGUGGCCAGUACUUCCAGCGAUCUCGUCCACAGUACGAGGAGCUUUCGGCCAGCUCCUUCAUCUCCAUCGCGGAUUAUGGGGCAGUCGGGGACGGAACGGGCGAUCAGAGUGCAGCCAUCAAUGAGGCUCUUGCCAACGCCAACGGCGCCGUCAUCUUCUUCCCCGCUGGAAUAUAUGCCGUGCAAUCCGGGAUUUUUGUUCCUGUUGGCACACGGAUGGUCGGCGAAGCUUGGUCGCAGAUCAUGGCGAGUGGAACGUACUUCCAGGAUGCUAAUAACCCGAAUGUUUUGGUCACUGUGGGCGAAGCGGGAGAUCAGGGUAUCGUGGAGAUCUCCGAUAUACUUCUGACCGUAUCCGGCCCGACAGCUGGGGCUAUCCUGCUGCAGUGGAAUGUGCACGAGAGUACACAGGGAUCCGCAGGUAUGUGGGAUACCCACUUCCGUGUGGGAGGCGCUAUAGGGUCCAACCUCCAAGCGGCCGACUGUCCGGCAUCAGGUUCGGUCGAUGCCAACUGUAUAGCGGCGUCGCUUUUGAUGCACAUCCCCGCCUAUGCAUCCGGGUAUUUCGAGAAUGUAUGGGCUUGGGUUGCGGACCACGAUUUGGAUAUUCCCGAGCAAAGCCAGAUCAAUGUCUUCUGUGGUCGUGGAAUCUUGAUUGAAUCUUCGGGUCCAACAUGGCUAUAUGGAACGUCCUCUGAGCACUCGGUGCUUUAUCAGUACCAGCUCACCAAUGCGUCCAACAUUUUCCUGGGCCAUUUGCAGACUGAAAGCCCUUACUACCAAGCGACACCGCCAGCGACCGAGCCUUUUACCUUAGGACAGUUCGUGGAUGACCCGCUUUUCGAGAACUGCUUGGGCUCCGCCGGUGGAUGUGCAAAGGCGUGGGCGCUGCGCAUCCUCAGGAGCACAGAGGUCUACAUCUACGGAGCCGGAGUAUACAGCUGGUUCGAUGCAUACAGCCAGGAUUGCCUGUCAACGGAAAGCUGUCAGCAGGCUUUAAUAGACACAAGCUACUCCCAGGGCAUUUGGAUGUACAGCAUCUACACAAAGGGCAGCACCGAGUCCGUCUCCCCCGAGGGGGGCGUCCCUAUCGUGAUGCAGGCCGAAAAUCGUAACGGCUAUCUGACAGCAAUCAGCGCUUGGCUAGCCCUUGCUGAGGCUGGAGGAGAUCUAGGGGGCGAUUCAACAGGAAACAAUCGCCAUAUCACCCCAGAUAAUGUCAGUAUUGUGCCCCUGCCAUGUACCACCGUUCCUCCGUCGCAGACCUUCACCAUGUCGGCCGAGUGUACCAGCGGGAUCCUCGCCUUACCGACAGCAGGGACCCAGAACAGCCCACCAGGACCAAGCCAGUGCGACGAGGAGUGCGACAUCUUCCGCUUGCUUUCGCAGACGUGUUGCGGCUCCAACGGGACCUUGGCCAAUCCUAUUCUCAUUCCGCCUCUGCUGGCGGUUCCACUGCCUAUCCCACUCCCCAUCGGCUUCAUCCCCAACGUCGCCUUUUCCGUCCCUGCCAACCCUGAAGACAUCAGCGACACUGAAGACAGCCAAACUAUCCCAUGCUGCGUACCGCUCGCCGUGCCGGUCGUCAUUCCCGCGGGAUUCGUACCGUUGUCUAUUGCAGAUGGACCGUCACUGCUCAUUCCUCCUCCAAUUAUACUACCCAAUACGGAUAGUCCAAGCAGCGCACGCACACCGGCCUGUCCCAAUGGGGUAUGCUGCGACCCGAGUCUAUCUACAUCUAUUGGACUCUGCGGUAAUGGAAACUUCCCACUGUAUCUACCGGGAACGGGAAUCGACUGCUCCUCGCCAGAUGACGCCGCGGAUCUCUCUUCCUUCCUCACCAGCUGUCAGAGUUGGGCGAUGGAUAACCCAGGUCAAGUUUCUAUAUACGCCAACGUCGUGCAGCAAUGCCUGGACUGUACAGGGUUUGAGAACCUUUUCAGCACCGUCCCUCGUUGAACGUGCCGAUGCCUGUCCAUCCCCACCCAGCUCAACAACCAGCACUCCACCGAGUAAUCCCACCUGCGACCGGAUCUACACCUGCGAUGGAAACAGCUUUCCAAACGUCUGCGGCCACGCCGAAUCUGCCAUCUCAG